AUGGAUUCCCAUAAUCACACUAGCCUGGACUCUUCUGUCUUCUUUCUCCUGGGCAUCCCAGGUUUGGAAGAGUUCCACCUGUGGCUCUCACUCCCUGUGUGUUGCCUGAGCACAGCUACAAUUGUGGGCAACAUAACCAUCCUGGUCAUUGUUGCCACUGAACCAGCCCUGCACAAGCCUGUAUACUUUUUCCUGUGUAUGCUCUCUACCAUUGACUUGGCGGCCUCCUUCUCCACCGUUCCCAAGCUGCUUGCCAUCCUCUGGUGUGGAGCAGGGCAUAUCUCUGCCUCUGCCUGCUUGGCACAAAUGUUCUUCAUUCAUGCAUUCUGCAUGAUGGAGUCCACUGUGCUGCUGGCCAUGGCCUUUGAUCGCUAUGUAGCCAUCUGCCACCCACUUCGCUAUGCUACUAUUCUCACAGACACCAUCAUUGCGCGCAUAGGGGUGGUAGCCUUGAUGCGGGGCUCCCUGCUCAUGCUCCCAUGCCCUUUUCUCAUUGGGCGCUUGAGCUUCUGCCAAAGCCAUGUGAUACCACACACAUAUUGUGAGCACAUGGCUGUGGUGAAGCUGGCCUGUGGAGACACCAGACCGAACCGUGUGUAUGGGCUGACUGCAGCGCUGCUGGUAAUUGGGGUGGACUUAUUCUGCAUUGGUCUCUCCUAUGCCUUCAUUGCAAGGGCUGUUCUUCACCUUUCAUCCCAUGAAGCUCGAUCCAAGGCCCUUGGGACCUGUGGUUCCCACGUAUGUGUCAUCCUUAUCUCUUACACACCAGCUCUCUUCUCCUUUUUCACCCACCGCUUUGGCCACCACGUUCCGCUUCAUAUUCACAUUCUUUUAGCCAAUGUCUAUCUGCUCUUUCCACCUGCUCUUAACCCUGUAGUAUAUGGCGUUAAGACCAAGGAAAUUCGGGAAAGGGUUGUCAGGGUGUUUCGGAGGGACCAGGGACCUGGAGUCAAGAUAUCUGAAUAA